UUCCAGGACACAUUUCAGCGCUGAGAGGCGGACUGCCCCCACCGGAACAAGUGCGGUCGAAACACGUGAACGGCACGAGCGGGACGCACCGCCUCGAGACUUAAAAGUUACUUUCCGGAGAUGGACAUUACAGCCAAAAUGGAAAUUAACGUCAGCCAGCAGCAGCUGGUUCCCACCGCGUGUUACUUUUCGGCGCAGAGCAUCCAGCUGAGCCCCAGCAGCAGCUGCAGCAGUAGCAGUCAGUGCAGCGGGAAGUCCAGGCAGCCGAAGCGGCAGCGCUCCUCCUCACCGGAGCUGCUGCGCUGCAAGCGGCGGCUGAACUUCGCGGGCUUCGGCUACACGCUCCCGCAGCAGCAGCCGCACGCGGUGGCCCGCCGGAACGAGCGCGAGCGCAACCGGGUGAAGCUGGUGAACAACGGCUUCGCCACGCUGCGUGAGCACGUCCCCAACGGAGCCGCCAACAAGAAGAUGAGCAAAGUGGAGACGCUGCGCUCCGCGGUGGAGUACAUCCGCGCCCUGCAGCAGCUGCUGGACGAGCACGACGCGGUGAGCGCCGCCUUCCAGGCCGGCGUGCUGUCGCCCGGCAUGUCGCAGGGUUACUCCGCGGACAUGAACUCCAUGGCCGGGUCACCCGUGUCCUCCUACUCGUCGGAUGAAGGCUCCUACGACCCGCUGAGUCCGGAGGAGCAGGAGCUGCUGGACUUCACCAACUGGUUCUGAGCAUCUCCAAGAAUUCUGGAUCAACUCGUCUGAGUUUUGUUGUCCGGCGCUUGGGAUGGUCCCGGAGAACAAGGCGCGCUGUUUUAAUCCUAAAGACUGAUUAAAGACUCAGGGUUAAAAGGAGACAAAGUGGGAAAAACACAACAAAAAGAGAUGCUAACGUGAAUUCAUGCUGUCCAGAAAACAAAACAUUAUUUAAAAUGCCGCUCCUCAUCUAUGCUAAUCCAAUCACACCGACCCUUUUUUGUUAAACCUCUCCGAAGCUGAAUUCAGUUCAAAUGCUUCCAGGUUGCGGAUUUAUUCUAUUAAAUUCUAUAUCAGACGCUUUUUUUGGGAAUAUAUUAAGAUAUUUUUGUAUGUAAGAGAUUUAUAGAUGUUUUGUACACAUCCUUUUUGUAUAUAUUUUGUCUAUUGCGAAGUUAUUUCUAAUACCUCCUGCCAACGUAGACCUGUAGUCUAUUAUUCUCUGGCUCUUGUGUUCACGAGGUCUCCAGCAGGAGUUUGACACUCCGAUGUUUUUAUUAUAUAGCACCAAUGUGUCUUAUUUAAUAGCAGAACCAUGUUAUUGCAUUAUAUCAUGUCACAAUGAUCAAACUUAUGCAGCUAUUGUCCAAAAAAAGAGUGCAAUAGCCAUGCAUUAUACUGCCAGCUCUUUAUCUUCUAUUCACAAGCAGAUGUUGAAUAAUUCUUUAUAACCAUAUUUUCUACGAUUUAGUCCAAAAAUAAAGAGAUUUACU